CAUGAAGUCCUUCCUUCCCCUCCUGAACUUCUCAUGUGGGUCUUCUAUAUAUAUGCUCAGGCGCUGACUAAUUUGCCUGCUUGUUAGUUGAGACUUGAGACUUGUGCAGCCUUUCAGGUCUGGAGAGGGAUAACAAAGUUCUUUGCCAUCAGUAGAGAAGAGGAGAGGACAGCGAUUUGGCAAUGGCGAAGAGGGAAGAAUUCGUGAAUGAAAAUGCUGAGGACAAAAAUGCUUUUGUCAACAAGCAAGUCUCUCGCAGCGACUUCCCUCCCAACUUUGUCUUCGGCGUUGCAACUUCAUCAUACCAGGUGGAAGGUGCUUGCAAGGAGGGUGGUAGGGGUGCAAGUAUAUGGGAUGCCUUUACACACACCGAAGGAAAAAUUUCUGAUAACAGCAAUGGAGAUGUAGCAGUUGAUCAUUAUCAUCGAUAUAUGGAAGAUGUUGAUCUUAUAGCGAAAUUGGGUUUUGAUGCUUACAGAUUUUCAAUAUCUUGGUCCCGUAUCUUCCCUGAUGGUUUAGGAACCAAAGUCAACGAGGAAGGGAUUGCUUUUUAUAAUAGCCUUAUCGAUGCUCUUCUUCAGAGGGGUAUUCAGCCUUAUGUGACUUUGUACCAUUGGGAUCUUCCACUGCAUCUCCAUGAAUCAAUGGGAGGAUGGUUAAAUAAAAAAAUCAUAGAAUAUUUUGCAAUCUAUGCGGACACUUGCUUUGCAAGUUUUGGUGAUAGAGUGAAGAGCUGGAUUUCUAUCAAUGAGCCCCUUCAAACUGCUAUCAAUGGGUAUGAUAUGGGGAUUUUUGCUCCAGGAAGAAGUGAAAAUUCAUCAAUAGAACCAUAUUUAGCAGCACAUCAUCAAAUCUUGGCUCAUGCAGCAGCUGUAUCUGUAUACCGGAGCAAGUACCAGGAAAAGCAAGGGGGACAAGUGGGCUUGGUGGUAGACUGUGAAUGGGCGGAAGCAUAUUCUGAUAAGAUUGAAGAUAAAUCUGCUGCUGCAAGGCGCCUGGAUUUUCAGCUUGGAUGGUUUUUGCAUCCUCUGUGUUUUGGAGACUAUCCUGAAAUUAUGCGUGAACGACUUGGAGAUCAACUUCCAACAUUCUCAGAGGAGGAUAAGAAGUUGCUUGCAAAUUCCUUGGACUUCAUUGGUCUGAAUCACUACACAUCAAGGUUAAUUUCUCAUGUGAACGAAAGCUCUGAAGGAGGUCACUACUACAGAUCAAUAGCAAUGAAGAGAACUGUGGAGAGGGAAGGUGGUGAGGUCAUUGGUGAGAAGGCUGCAUCAGAGUGGCUCUAUGUUGUUCCUUGGGGCAUUCGGAAGACUCUGAAUUACAUGGCUCAGAAGUACAAUCUCCCUAUAAUCGUCACUGAGAAUGGCAUGGAUGAUGAAGAUGAUGAUAAGUUGUCACUGAAUGAAAUGUUAGAUGACAAACUGAGAUUACGCUUUUACAAGGAAUAUCUUGCCUCGGUUGCUUUGGCAAUCAAGGAUGGAGUUGAUGUAAGGGGAUACUUCGCAUGGUCAUUAUUGGAUAACUUUGAGUGGGCCGAAGGCUAUACUAAACGUUUUGGAUUGGUGUAUGUGGAUUACAAAAAUGGGCUCACCAGGCACCCCAAAUCUUCUGCUUAUUGGUUUUCAAAGUUCCUCAGAGAUAAUGAAAGCAAACAGGGCAAAGAAGAAUAGCAGUUCAAUAUUAUUGUUCUCAUCUGCAUUUAGCAAUGCUGUUUCUAUAUAUUGUGGGAUUUCUAGAGUCAUCUGAUGGGGGAAAAAAAAUCUGCUUAUUAGGUUUCCAGAAUUUCUUAAAGCUUAUGGAUACAGAGUAAAGAAUAAAGUUUAUCAAUAUUGUUUUUAUCUGCAUUUAGAUGUUCCAUGGAAGCCUUUAUGGGAUUGGAAUGCUUUCUGGGGCAUCAUGUGAAGUAAUGUAUUCUCAUGGCUUCUAGUGAUUUGUCAUCUUUAUAUAUAUGUAUGUAUGUAUGUAUUAAUGUUAUACAAUAAUUUAUGGAGGGUGUUGAAUGUGUUCA